AUCGCCCGGAAAUGGGAGCUUGCGCGAAGCGCUGAUGGUCCCGCAGGGGAAGCUCAUGGACCCGGGCUCCCUGCCGCCCCCCGACUCCGAAGAUCUCUUCCAGGAUCUCAGUCACUUCCAGGAGACGUGGCUCGCUGAAGCCCAGGUACCAGACAGUGAUGAGCCAUUUGUUCCUGAUUUCCAUGCAGAAAACUUAGCUUUCCACAGCCCCACCACCAGGAUCAAGAAGGAGCCCCAGAGUCCCCGCACAGAGCCUGCCCUGUCCUGCGGCAGGAAGCUGCCACUCCCGUACCACCAUGGCGAGCAGUGCCUUUAUUCCAGUGCCUAUGACCCCCCUAGACAAAUCACCAUCAAGUCCCCCGCCCCCGGUGCCCCCGGACAGUCGCCCCUGCAGCCCUUCCCCCGGGCAGAACAACGGAGUUUCCUAAGAUCCUCUGGCACCUCCCAGCCCCACCCUGGCCACGGGUACCUCGGGGAGCAGAGCUCUGUCUUCCAGCAGCCCCUGGAUAUUUGCCACUCCUUCACAUCCUCCCAGGGAGGUGGCCGGGAACCCCUCCCAGCCCCCUACUCACACCAGCUGUCGGAGCCCUGCCCGCCCUACCCCCCGCAGAGCUUCAAGCAGGAAUACCUGGACCCCCUGUACGAACAGGCAGGCCAGCAGGCGGUGGGCCAGGCUGGAGUCAAUGGGCACAGGUACCCAGGGGCGGGGGUGGUGAUCAAACAGGAGCAGACGGACUUCGCCUAUGACUCGGAUGUCCCUGGGUGUGCAUCAAUGUACCUUCACACAGAGGGUUUCUCUGGGCACUCUCCAGGUGACGGGACUAUGGGUUACGGCUAUGAGAAACCUCUGCGACCAUUCCCAGAUGAUGUCUGCGUCGUCCCGGAGAAAUUUGAAGGGGACAUCAAGCAGGAAGGGGUUGGAGUGUUCAGAGAGGGACCGCCCUACCAGCGCCGGGGGGCCUUGCAGCUGUGGCAGUUCCUGGUGGCCCUGCUGGACGACCCGACGAAUGCCCACUUCAUCGCCUGGACUGGCCGGGGGAUGGAGUUCAAACUAAUAGAGCCUGAGGAGGUUGCCAGGCUCUGGGGCAUUCAGAAGAACCGGCCGGCCAUGAAUUAUGACAAACUGAGCCGCUCGCUCCGAUACUACUAUGAGAAAGGCAUCAUGCAGAAGGUGGCGGGCGAGCGCUACGUGUACAAGUUUGUGUGUGAGCCUGAGGCCCUCUUCUCUCUGGCCUUCCCGGACAAUCAGCGUCCAGCCCUCAAGGCUGAGUUUGACCGGCCAGUCAGUGAGGAGGACACAGUCCCUUUGUCCCACUUGGACGAGAGCCCUGCCUACCUCCCAGAGCUAGCUGGCCCUACCCAGCCCUUUGGCCCCAAGGGUGGCUACUCUUACUAGCCCUGGCCGCUGCUCCCCUGCCGCCGGGGGAUGCUGCCCUGUGUACAUAUAGAUGAAUUUGGUGUUGGGGAGACCCUCACUCUGAAACCCACGGAUGUCUUUGGAGCAGAUCCCCACUGGCCCAUCAGUCGCCCCUGCCCAGACUCUGAGCUGCUCACCAGAGUUGAUGGGAAGGAAAAAUGGAGAACAUUGCAAGUGUAAAGGUGGGGUCUAGAAGCUCCCCUGGGGGUGUCACCUCCAGCCUCUUCCCAGGUCCUGCUUAGAGGCCCAAGCUGCACUCCUCUCCCCCAACACAGAGAACAAGAGUUUGCUCUGUUCUGGGGGACAACAGAGAAGGAGUAUUCCCACUUUAUCCUGGUGGAGAGGGGUGCAUUGAGCUCCCUGGAUCUCCCACUGUGGGCAGACAGAAGCCUGGAUCCUGCACUCCGCUCCAAGCUGUGACCGCCGAGGGUCCUGCUUGUCCAUUCUUGGUGCUCUGUGUUCCCAGAGGCAGGGGUAGGCUGGAAUAAGGAAGCUGGGGUGGGGGAGGGGUUGCAGGGUGGAGGCAGGGAGGGCUGGGUUCCUGCUCCUAGGGCUCUUUGCCUUUUCUCUGCCUUUUUCUAGGCCUAGGCCUGGGAUUCCACCUCCAACCUCCCCCACAUCUGCUGGACCCCAAUAAAGGCCCCUGCUUCUCCUGUUAGUUGUCCCGUGUCCUCUUUGCUGCCAUGGGAGAAGGACCUGGGGUUGGAAAGAGCUUUGGCCUUGGGGCAGAUGACCAGAGUUUGGGGCCUGGCCUUGACACUUAGAUUCACAGAUGGAUUUGGGAAAAGACCUCUGACUUUUCCUCUAAAAAUGGGCUCAGUGAUACCUGUUCUUUCCCCCUGUUCUAUCCCUCUCCAGGAUUAUUGUGUCAGGAUCCUGAAAUAAUGGUUGACGGGUACUUCAUAAUCUGGCACUGGCUGUCUUCCUGCUGGGGAGCGGCCAGACAGGGCUGAGCUUGGAGGCUCUCCUGGGGCUUCCUCAGGCAGUUUGGCCUGUGGUUUUAUGACCAUGACCGCACUACCCACGUCUAUACCCCAACUGUGUGUCCCCCCUUCUGCCAUGGCUCCAGGUUUCUGUUUUUGCUGAAGCUGGGGACAAGAGUUUAUAUGGAGAGGAUCUGGACUGGAGAAUGGGCACCUGGGCAAGAGGGUGCAGGGAGAGGCUGGAGCAAAGCCCUGUGUUCCGGCCAGUGAAGGCAAAGGACCCUGGGUCUUCGGGGAAAGGGGAAUAGAAACACAGGCUCCUUCCCCAUAUUUAGGGGACACCAGAACGCUGGGGCCAUUCUUUGUGGGUGGACGGGAAAGUCAAAGCUGAGAAAGUGGUAACACCUAGGGAGGAGACCUGACAAGGGGUAGCUGUCCAGGUGUGAGGAGUAGAAUGGAAGGUUCUAGACCCAGGCUCUGGUAAAAAUGCACGCUCUGUUAAGCCAGAACUGCAGCCCUGCUGAGGCUACGCAGGCCCAGCCCUCAUUAAGGCUUAAGCAGCUUGGGUUCCCA